UAUCACCACCAAUAUGGUCGGACAGUUUUGCUGUCCAGUAAUUUGAUUUUCAGAUGCAACAUGUCUGAAUUAAACUGGAUUUUAAGGCACAUAUAACUCGACUUGAUAUAUGAAACGCUGGAGCCUUGAGGCGUGCCGCACAUACCAUGUGAUUCCAGUUUCCAGCACAGGAGGGCGCUGCUUACAUUCUCUGAUAGCGGACUGCAAAUGUCAUAAGUGGGUAGUACCUGUGAGUAAAAGGAGAUCUGACUGGGUGACAGAAGAGCGGAUCAGAGGGAACAGUGACAGAAUGUCUUUCAUAUUUAAUUGGAUCUACAGGGGAUUUAGCAGUGUAUUACAGUUAUUAGGACUGUAUAGAAAGAGUGGAAAGCUAAUAUUUCUUGGAUUAGACAAUGCAGGAAAAACAACAUUGUUGCACAUGCUCAAGGACGAUCGACUUGUGCAACAUGUGCCAACGCUUCAUCCAACUUCUGAGGAACUGACCAUUGCUGGAAUGACUUUCACCACCUUUGAUCUGGGUGGACAUACACAAGCAAGAAGAGUUUGGAGAAAUUACUUACCGUGCAUAAAUGGAAUAGUGUACCUCGUAGAUGUUGCUGACCGUGAACGUCUACAUGAGGCUAAAAUUGAACUAGAUGCCCUGUUAACUGAUGAGACCAUCUCCAAUGUGCCAAUGCUUGUUUUGGGAAACAAGAUUGAUAGACCAGAGGCAAUCAGUGAGGAUGCACUGAGACAGUUUUUUGGUCUGCAAGGUCACACUACUGGAAAGGGUAAUGUUGCAUUGAAAGAGCUAAACACCAGGCCGAUGGAGGUUUUCAUGUGCAGCGUAUUAAAGAGACAAGGAUAUGGGGAAGGUUUCCGAUGGCUUUCUAAUUACAUUGACUAAUUCAGUCACAAUAUUAGUGUUACCCAAACAGCUCGACCCUUCAGACCUACUUCAAAUAUUUAUUAAAUGUUUUACUCAGAUGUAAAGAACUGUGGUGACAUUAAAUAAAACAUCCAUGCUGGUGCUAGGUGCUUUUAAUUUGUGCCAAAAAUGAUUAUUUCUCCUAAUUGGAGCAAAUUUAUGGUACAUCUGAACAGAGUGGGAUUCUUUUAUUAGAGAUAGUAUUGCAUUUAGACGUUGCUAGUUUAUUAUCUGUUACAAACCGUUGCAGUUUGCAUAUUGUACAGAUGUUUUUAAAACAGAGUAGGUGUGCCAUGGUGCAUCAAAAUCUCAAGUAAAGAAAGCUACAGAUACAAUAACACUAGAGUGUGUUUUAUUAGCAUAUCACUUGUGUGCCUUAUGACAUCUGGAAUGGCAGUAAUACAGACUCACUCUUUAGUGCUUUACUCCAGCUAGCAAGACUUGUGGAUUUGCAGCACUUUGUACUUAAAAAAACAACACUUGACCUGUUUUACUCCAUCAAUCAUUUGUGCAAUAAGUACUUUUUGACUAUCAACUACUAUUUAUAUUAAGUUGUGAUAUGAGAGUACAUAAAAACAACACAUUGUAGAAGAACACUUAGGUGACUAGGCACUUUUCAUGUACAGCAUUUGUAAAUAUUGUGAAAAUAUUUUGGCUGCUUACCAUCGUCCUUUUAAAAUGAUGUGCCUAAAUGUGUCUAAAUGGCACAAUGUAUUUUGGGGUUUUAUUGUAUGCUUUCUGUGCUUUGUCCUGGCAGGAUUCGCAUGUCGAUUUACACACGGUUACAGAUGACUAAGAGGUCAAUGGCACAUUGUUAAAAUUUUGAAUAAAGUAUUGUAAAAAGUA